AUGGGACUACUUUUAUUGGAUAUACAGGGUGAACUAAAUCUACCGUCUAAAGAUGAGACCAGUGAUAAGCACGAUAUGGCAAUCAUAGACCAAAUCCACGAUGCUGUCAAGUUUGGCAGGCUCAUAUUUGACGAUGCUUCGCUGCAAAGGGUGACGUUGUUCAUUGGAAAUUCGCAGCGUCUACUUGGAAAGAUCGAAGAUCUCCCAAAGCCGGUGGGAGUGUUACGAGUUUCUACAACGGCGGAAUCAGCUUCUGACGAUGUCAAGCUAAUUGAUGUUGUCCACAAAAAACUUACAUUUAACCAAAGGCCAUUACCAAUCAUGUGA